GGAGGCUCUCCUGGCCUUCCUCUGCCUCCCACCAUUAGUAACCAAUUAAAGUCCUGAGGCAUCUCAGAUUUCUGCUGUGGCCUGGCUCUGUUCUCUGACCCAGCAGUGGCCCAUUGGACUGAGUUGUUGCUCGGGCUACCACAAGAGCACUAUAUGAAUGUCUGGAUGUGUCUGGGGGAUGGGGUGGUCAUUGGAGGGAGCCUUUACCAAGAUGAUACUGUGUUUUUCCGCCUUCAUUGGGUGGGCCAGGUCAGUGCCUCAAUGUGAGGUUCCCUAACCCCCAUUAUCAGAGUGUCUUCCUAUCCUUGUUAAGAAGUCAUUGGCCCAGGUACUUCAGAUCUCUCAAGUUUGGCACCACAACUUCAGGCUCUACUUACCUCAGGGAAUAGACAGGUAGACACAGAUCACUGCACAAAUGAUGGGAGUUGCAGAGGUCUAUAGAGAAGGUGACAGAAUGGACAGUCUAAGAGGGACUGGCCCUGUUCUUAAUGGUGCUAUUUGAAAAACUAAACCCCAUAACAACAAGUUCCUUCAGAGUUGUGAGUUCCCCAGGAGUGGUGGGACUUCUCUGUGUCUGGGCUGUGAAACCCCUAGCUAUUUGGGGUGUGAUAUUCAAACAAAAACUUUGCCUCAUUGGGCCUCCACUGGCAGAACAGCACUGUUCCAGAACUGCCUUAUUAGUGCAAAGGAGGGCUGUGUGGUACUCACCUGAGUGCAAGCCCAGGACUAGUUAUGGGAGAGAAGAAAGACACACUGGACACAAAUAAAAUAGGAAUGACUAUCCCAGGUCAUAGUUUCUCCCUGGAUUGGCAAAAGUUUCUGUCCCCGAAUCUGGUUGGGUCCAUGAAGAGGACUUUUCAAGUCACUCUUCUAUAGGGCAGUGACCAGUGGCCCCUUCCACCAUUUCUCCUGCUUGUAGGUUUCUGGGCCUCCCCAGGCUAGGUAACCCCUACUGGAACUACAGGAGCUUAAUGAGACCAAGACAAACUGACUGAUAGAUGGAUAGGAUAGUGUAACCAGAAGGCACUCUGUGGAGGCCAGUCUUCACUAGCAAAAACUCCUCCUGGUCAGUAGCCCUAACUCAGGGUUUGCUGUGUCCUCUCUCCUGAGGCCCAGGUCUUCGGGGAAUCUCCAUGUGUUUUGACUCAGGGCCUCUGAGCUGUGCUGGGACAACCUUGGGUCCAGCGGGAGAGCUGGCUGGAGUCCACUCACCUGCAUGUGCAUCCCUCAUCGCAUCCCCACUAUUCCCCAUGCAAUAGUUCUGCCCGGCCAGGUCCUUCCAAGUCUUGAGUUCUCCCAGCAUCCCACACAGCGCUAAUAACCUCCAGCUGCCACGACCUCUUUAAAGAGCUUUCCGCAGGGGUGUGUUGGGGGUGGUGGAGCCAGGUCAGGAGACUGAGGUCCUUCCUAGGUGGGAUCGGGGAUCCCAGUACAGACAGCUCUGAUUUCCCUCCAAGGACUUUUGCAAAUCCCCAGCCAGGGCCAGGGAAAGCAAUUUUACUGCCGACGAGUUUAUGAGCCAGAACGGCAGCUAGGCAGGGAGUCCGUGGCACACAGCAUCUGGGGGCUGCCCCGGAAGGGUCCAGCCGGAAUAAGCACGAAGCCGCUGGUUGUUCCGCUGGCUUCUCUCUGCGCCUCCCUUAGCCUGUAGAAAUACCUCUGCCGAGAUAUCUACCAGUUCCAGACCCGCCACGGGUUGGGGGGUGGGAGCGCAGGAGGAGGGGCACACGGGGCUCAGGCCCAGAGCGGGGGGCGGGUCCGAGACGGGGGGCCCAGAUCGGGAGCCGAGCGCUGGGGCCCAGGCAGCUGCGGAUCCGAGCGCAGCUGGCGUUGGGACCACCAUAACCUGGCCGGCCAUGAGCUCGGGACCCGAGCCCCGGACAGCCCGGACACCCUUCAGCAUCGCAGACAUCCUAGGUCCGCGCAUAGUCCCCCGAGGAUCCUCUGUGUCACAGCUUCCUGAGUCGAGCCCAGGUCCCACGUCGCCGCUGUGCGCGCUGGAGGAGCUGACUAGUAAAGCUUUCCACGGACUUGACGGGCACGCUCCACAGCCCUCUGAAGACCGCGCGGCCCCGGGCGCUCUGGGUCCCGGCCCAGCCGGCCGCAGACGGCGAAAGUCACGCACCGCGUUCACCGCGCAGCAGGUGCUAGAGCUGGAGCGGCGCUUUGUCUUCCAGAAGUACCUGGCUCCCUCUGAGCGUGACGGGCUGGCAGCGAGGCUUGGCCUGGCCAAUGCGCAAGUUGUCACAUGGUUCCAGAACCGGCGCGCAAAGCUCAAGCGGGACGUGGAGGAGAUGCGCGCGGAUGUGGCCUCGCUGCGCACGCUGUUCCCCGAAGUCCAGGGCCGCCUUGCGCUGCCCGACUGUGCAACCGGCCUCCGCCCCGCACGGCCUGACUCCAGGCCCCACCUGUCAGACGAGGAGAUACAGGUGGACGAUUGAAGGCCAAGCCGCCUUCCGGGUUCUGGCGCCCUGGACUCCUCGCCUCCGCCCUCCGCUCCCUGUCCGGAUUGCGGGGUGGAGGGAGGGUGUCGACCCCAGCCUCUUCAAGUCGAGACGCCCAUCUUUCCCAGUUCUUAAGAAUAAAGUCGAUACCACGCCUCAAUCCCGCGCCUGGAGCAAUAAAGAGCAGUGUCUGCUGAUUAUUGCGAAGAUUCCGCGCUUGGCACUGUGCGUGCGGAGCGCUUUAAAUGCAGUUUCCUUUAACCCUCAUGGCAUCCCUAUAAGGUAGAUGAUUUAAUUAUGGCCAUUUUGCAGAGGAAGAUCGCCUAGGUCAGGAUUUGUACCCAUUCAUCCAGCUAACCUUCAGAGCCCCGGAGACUCCCAGCUGAGGGCAAGGGAAUGGAACUCUGGUAACUGCGGGCGACUCCCCGCCCUUACUAGCCGCGUGGGUCGCAGGACUCCACCGAGUCUUUGAUCUGCCACCGCUUCGGAGACCUUGCCUCUAGUCUGGCCCCCAAUGUGACGACGUCUUACCUGACUCCUCUUUCCCCACCUUGAGGUCGUUUGUUAAUGGGGUCUCGACCCCUCUCCCUUCCCCCGCUGGAAGAACCCUACGCUGGGCCAUAAAGUGAUGCGUGCCGAGAGAGAGAGUAGAGCCCUACUUCCGGGACCUCCGCCCCAAGCUGGGCAGAAAAUGUUUCCGCUGGGACAGUGGCAGAAGGGUGGGAUGGCCGGGCCUUGCCCGUGGAGGGCGGAGCUUGGAUUGGCUGCCUUGUCUGGAGGAAACCUCCAGCCUACCUCCGCUGGCGGACAUUUCUUAAUUUUUUUCCACCGGUGAUUAAUCAUCCUGUAGUGUGACAGAGAGGGAAGAGGGGCACUCGGUGGCUACAGGCCCUCCUGCAUGCCUGGCCUUCCCAGAGGAUCUGCAGGAGACUAUACUUAGGUUUUUGCUGUUUCCCCUCUCUCGUUUGUCAGUACCUUCACCCUCCUCAGACCUUCCCAUGAGUCUGCCCAGGUGCCACAAUCGCUCUCUCAAGGACGCUCUGGGAAAAGUCCACCCAGGGUUCGAGAGGGCUCAGCUAGGGCCUCAGUUGCAAAUGGAGGUCCCAGAAGAGGAUAUUUAAGGAAGGGUGAACAAGGCUGGAAAGCAGAAGGGAACCUGGUAUUUUCAAACAAUAAGCUACCACUUAUUGAGCAGUUCUAAUGAGAACUCGCAUGGAUUAAUCUUCACAAUCUUCCAUGGAUUAAGUCCCCAUGAGAUAAUGGGGGCUUUAAUCUCAUUUUAAGGAUGAGAGAUUGAAUCACAGAAGGCCCAAAGAAACUUGGUCAUGUCAUGAAGCUUCUAAGUGGUAGGGCCAGGACUCACCAGCUUGUUUGACUCAGGAGCUCAUGGUUUUGGCCACUACAGGUUCUGUCCCUAUAGCUGUGACCUAAUUGAAAGAAAAGUGUUUACGGAAAGAGGCAAGGGAGAAGUGCCAAAGGUAAGAAUUUAGGCAAUAUACCGCAGAUGGCAUGGUCCUUGAGGUAGAGACGAGGUAUGACAGCAAUGUUUAGGGCAGGCUAAUCUGGCUGCAUGUGUAGGGGUGGACCAGAGACUGAGGAAGUAGUAUAUUUCUGGUCACCGAAAAGGUAAGGGCAGAGAGAAUUGAGGGCCAGACUUGGGGGAAGAGAGGGCGGCUACCAGGAAAGAGGAAUCAAUGUGAUUCCCCAAAUGACCAAAAAUUGCAGUGACAGCAUUGCAAACCUGGGCAUCAUGGACAAAAACAGACAAUGACAACUAGUAUAAAGCUAAGAAUUUGUCACCACUAUGCACAAAAGUAUCUGUAUCUGUGUUGCCUCUUCAAUACACACACACAACACACACAUGCGUCCCCUGCUUCAUGUUCAGGACCCCUUGCGUAUUCCCCCAUCCCCUUCUAAAGGUUACCACUCUGGAACCUUUAGAUUAGAGUGACCAACUCAUUCUUAUAUGCCCAGGACUUCUCCAGUUUUAGCACUGAAACUCCCACAGCCCAGAAAAUCCUUCAGUCUCAGGAAAACCAAGAUAGUUUGUCACCCUGCUUUCCAGCCCUGGAGACUCAGAACUCAGGCUGCUGGGUCAGAACCAUACCAUUUAGCAGUGUGAGUGUAGAUGCAAGGAGUCAUGAAUUCUGUGGCUCUUAGAGAAAUGUAGGAUAGACUAAGAGGUACUGGGGAGGGGACAUUUCUUUGAGAGGCCGGAAGAGCAAGGAGCCAACUCAGCCUGACAGAUACUAUGCAGUAGUGGUGGGCAGCCAUUUUUGAGGGGCCAAGAGCCCAGAGAAGUGUCCUAAAACAAGGAGGCCAGAUGGGCAGGCCUCUGAUGGAGUCACUGUAAUAUCAUCCCUUAAAUACCACUUCUCCCCAGUCAGGCAUGAGCGAAGAACUUCCAAGGCAAAUAAUUCUAUUCAGGAAGGUGGGGGGCCAGUCAAGUUAAUUGGCUCUGAGCCAUAACCUCCACCAAUUUUAGGCUUAUUAAAUUAUAGACCAGUGCUGCCACCUCUUGGAAUCAAGGCUUGAAUAAACAAAACUCAAACCUACCCUAUCAAAAUGGCCUCUGGAUGGGCAUCUCUUCUGCUAGGUCCAGGAGCAGAGCUUCUCAAAAGUCAGGGUGCAUAAGGAGCACCUGGAGGACUACUGAAACACAAAUUGCUGGGUCUCCCUCUUGUGGAUUCUGAUUUAGAUCUAGGGUGGGUGCCAAGAAUUUGCAUUUGUAACAAGUUCCCAGGUGACGCUGAUAAUGCUGAUUCAGGGACCACACUUUGAGAACCACAGACCCAGGAACUCUAUUUUAUGAGAUAAGCAGCAAUUCAUUUGUCCUCUCUUCCCACCAUGAAAAUCAUAAAUAUGUAGGACAGUUGCAGAUAAAAACUGAUUUAUUUAACAGCCACUAUGUACCAAGCACUUGGUAGAUGUUUUCUCACACUUUCUUUCAGUCCUCACAACAGCCCUGUGAGGUAGGGACUGCCCCCAUUUUACAGAUGAGGGAACUGAAGCAUAGAUGUUGAGAGA